AGAGAGGCUGGGCGGAGUGGUACUGGCGAGUGUCAAGAAGGCAGGUUGGAAGAAGAAAGGGAGGAUAUUUGAAUAUCUGUAUGCAUAAUUACCACAGUUGUCUUAUCAAUGCCCAUGUCAAUCACGAGGUACUGAUUCCCUUAUCACUUUGGACUCCAAAAAUACAGAGGAAGAAUUAAAUUAGAACCUCAAUAACACACCCUGAUCUCCCUGUCUAUGUAAGAGUGCAGUACAUUUAAGCAGAACAGGAGGCAAGAAAACUUAUAGAUUUGCUGAAGAACUGGCAGCUGGACUGCAAGCCCCACUCAUGACAAGAUGUCUGCUCGAGAGAGGAGUCCUCGCCACAGACCAUGGUCUGUGUAUGGGGCCAAUGCAUUUAACAUCUCUUCUGAGAUGCUUGGCUUAACAUUAGCAGGAAACAGCCAGGAUCCAGAUGAGCCUGUUUUAGAAUUUAGCGUUGCUUGCAGUGAAUUAAUAACUCCAUCAUUGGAUCGUAAACCAAAUAGUUUUGUAGCAGUAAGUGUGACCACACCACCACAAGCGUUUUGGACAAAACAUGCUCAAACAGAGAUCAUUGAGGGCACAAGCAACCCAAUUUUUCUAAGUAGCAUUGCAUUUUUCCAGGAUUCCUUAAUCAAUCAGCAAACACAAGUGAAGCUCUCAGUCUAUGAUGUGAAGGAUCGAUCUCAGGGAACUAUGUAUUUAUUGGGCUCUUCAUUGUUCACUGUAAAAGAACUACUGCAAGAGAAACAACACAGGUUACAUCUAAUGCUAAGGUCUGCUGAAAAUGAUCGAGUAGGAAACAUAACUAUUAUCGCAUGGCAAAUGGAGGAAAAACGUGAACAAAGGCCAACAGUAACCAGACUUCCGGACACUAUAAAUGGACGGAUGGUUCUUCCUGUUGAUGAAAGCUUAACAGAAUCAUUAGGAAUUCGAACAAAAUAUGCAUCAUUAUGCAAAGACACUUUAUUGAAAUCAGUUUUUGGUGGUACCAUGUCUAGGAUGUAUCGAUUCCCAACAACAGAUGGAAACCACCUGCGGGUACUUGAACAAAUGGCUGAAAGUGUUCUCUCUCUGAACGUCCCUCGACAGUUUGUAAAACUCCUGCUUGAAGAGGAUGCAGCUAGAGUGUGUGAACUCGAAGAACUUGGAGAACUGUCUCCCUGCUGGGAGAGUCUUCGUCGGCAGAUUGUUACACAAUACCAAACUAUCAUUUUGAACUAUCAAGAAACUCUAACAAAUUUACAUCAGUACAAAGGACCAUCUUUCAAAGCUAGUAAUUUGAAAGCAGAAAAAAAAAUGGAAUUCAUUCCUACAAACCUUCACAUACAGAGAAUGAGAGUACAAGACGAUUCUGGCUCAGAUCAUACCUAUGACAUAGUUACUAUUGGAGCACCAGCAGCUCAUUGCCAAGGCUUUAAAAGUUGUGGGCUUAGGAAGCUUAUAAACAAGUUUGAAGAAGCAAAAAAACAUGCUUUGUCCAGCUCGCAGUCACUUGUGUACAUCCCCCAGGACAUUUUGAAGGCAAAGGAAAUCAUAGCUCAUAUCAAUACUCUGAAGACCCAAGUCAGCUACUAUGCUGAAAGACUUUCGAGGGCAGCCAAGGAACGAUCCUCAAAUGGACUGGAAAGAACUCUUGCCAUCUUAGCAGAUAAGACACGCCAAUUGGUUACUGUCUGUGACUGUAAACUGCUAGCAAAUGCAAUCCAAGCAUUAAAUGCUGGCAGACCAGAAUACAUUGCAUCCAAAGCCUCACCAACAUCUGGAGAUGCAGACCAAGUAAUGUUAAGAAAUGAUCAAGACACUCUGGUGGCUAAAUGGACAGGAAAAAACAGCAGAUCAUCUCUGCAUGUAAAUUGGCAUGAAGAAGAAUGGGAAAAAGUGUGGUUGAAUGUUGAUAAAAGCUUGGAGUGCAUUAUCCAAAGAGUUGACAAACUGCUUCAGAAAGAGAGGCUACAGAGUGAUAGUUGUGAGGAUGUGUUCCAGUGUGAUGUCACCUGCUCAAACAAGAAAGGUAACCUGGACAAUCGUGCAUACUGGAUUAAUCCAGACUUCUUAGAUGAACAUAGUGUAUCUCCAUCCUCAUCAUCACCAUCCUCUUCACCAGAACCAUCUGCAUGCCAUUCUCUGAGUAACACAAAUCACAACACCCCUGCUGAAGAGACUGCUCCAGGAGAAUGGAGUGAGGCCCUUUAUCCUUUGCUGACAACUCUCACAGAUUGUGUAGCAAUGAUGAGUGACAAAGCUAAAAAAUCAAUGGUUUUUCUGCUAAUGCAAGACACUGCACCAACUAUAGCUAUGGAUCUGAGUUUACAGUACAGAAGGGAUGUUGUUUUCUGUCAGACGCUGACUGCCCUGAUAUGUGGAUUUAUAAUCAAGCUUAGAAACUGUCUUCAUGAUGAUGGGUUCCUUCGUCAGCUCUACACCAUUGGUCUUCUAGCACAGUUUGAAAGUUUGCUGAGCACAUAUGGAGAAGAACUUGCAAUGCUAGAAGACAUGAGCAUUGGAAUUAUGGAUUUGAGGAAUGUGACCUUUAAAGUAACACAAGCCACUUCAAGUUCUUCCUUGGACAUGCUGCCAGUAAUCACUGGAAAUCGUGAUGGAUUUAAUGUGAGAGUCCCUUUGCCUGGAACCAUGUUUGAUGCACUGCCAAGAGAAAUACAGAAUGGUAUGCUGUUGCGAGUACAGCCAGUCUUAUUCAACGUUGGAAUCAAUGAGCAGCAAACACUUGCAGAAAAGUUUGGAGACACAUCAUUACAGGAAAUUGUUAACAUGGAAAGCUUAGCCCGCUUGAAUUCUUAUUAUGAACAGUUUAAGGAAGUCUUACCUGAAGAUUGUCUACCUCGAUCACGCAGCCAGACAUGCUUGCCAGAACUAUUGCGAUUUUUGGGACAGAAUGUACAUGCAAGGAAAAACAAGAAUGUUGACAUACUUUGGCAAGCUGCAGAGAUUUGUCGCCGACUGAAUGGUGUCCGUUUUACAAGCUGUAAAAGUGCUAAGGAUAGAACUGCAAUGUCAGUGACACUAGAACAGUGCCUGAUUCUACAGCAUGAGCACGGAAUGGCCCCUCAAGUGUUCACACAAGCCCUGGACUGCAUGAGGAGCAUUGGAACGCGGGAGAUAGUCACGCAGAAGAACUUGAGUGGUCUGUUGCCCAUCCGUGAUUGCAGGCUGGACCCCAGCCUACUGUACUCUAUCCCUUUGUUAGCCCUUAGCCCCAAUUUACUUAUUGUGUGGCUUUUUCUGAGCGUCGCCUAUCUAAUUGCCAAAAUGCGUUGCAAAUGAAAUUGAUCAUGCACAGCAGUUUAUUAAAGGGAAAAUUAUAUAUAUGUGUGUGUGCAAUGGAGAUUGAAUGUUGCAAUGCCUGCCAUAUACCAUGCCUUACAGUUAUUAAAAUAAAUCUAUUUAUAUUAUAUAUGAAUGUAAAUACAAAUUUCAUUAUUUUAGCAUCUACUAUUAAGAGAGAGAUUUAUGCUGAAUGAUCAGGUUUUUCAUAUAGUUUGCUUUAAAAAUAAACAAGAGAAAUAGAAAUAUGGAAACAUCUCCCCAGUACCUCAUAGUUUUAAACAGCUAACAAAAAAAACCCAGGAGUAUUUAACCACUUCUUUUUCCUGCUUUCUAUGAAUAUUUUCUCUCUUGUCUGUUAUUUUAAUGGAUUUGUUGUCUUCCUUGUAUGUGCACAGUCAUAAAAUCAAGUUAUAUAAAUUUUUAUUGCUGUUUUUGCUAACUAUUUUUAUUAUAAAAACAAUAGGUCAUAUUUCACAGUCUCUGCAUCAUGUUACAGAAAUCUUGAUUGACUCCACUUGAAACCAAUAUAAUUUUCUUAAUAUUUUUGUGAAGAAUGUUACAAAUUGUGAAAGCUGUUGCUCUUUUUUAUUCAUAACCUUUUUAGCCCGAUUUUUAAUGUAACUGAAUAUUUUGAAUCUUGCAUUUUUAGAUAAAUAUCUUAAAGCUGCUAUAAACAAAAUGGACAGAACUAUGCGCUCAUGUUCCGAUAAAGUUUUUCUAUCUUGUAUUUCUUCUAUCUGAGAUUCCUGGUAAAUUAGGUGUUUCCAUGUUUAAAUUUAAUUAGAAAUGCAAAGAAAUAAUUACAUGUAAUGUGUAAUAUUAAACCAGUAUAUGGUAACACCCCUGUAUAUAGCGGUACAAACAUACAUUAGUAAUUGGCAAUAUUCAUGCAAGAUCUACUUUUUUGCUUUUGUACUGGUCAUUUAUAUCAUUUUGUACCCAAUGUAACACAGAUGAAGAAGAGUUAGUAUUAAAAUAGACCAAGAACAGUAUGCUAAAACAGAAAAUACCUUUCUAAGGCAGUGUUACAGAAUUAAAAGGUAAAACAAUUUAUUCCACUUUAAAAGUAAUGGUUAUUAGAACUUCCACUGGCGCAUAACAUGUUUUUUUGAUUAUAAGGAACCAUCAACUGUUAAUCUUUCUUUAGUAACAGGUUUUCUGAGACAUCAUAGUAAGAUUUACAAUAACUAAGUUUAGUUUUAAAGUUGAAAGUAGUAUGCAUCUUUGACCAAAGGCCUUUCAUUCUAUGAAAAUGUCAAAAAUCUAUUAGCAGGACCGUGAUUACAACAUAUACAAUAAAAAUGAUUUAAAAAUAUAAACUUUGAUUUAAUUGGUUUUAUUAUCUUUGUAUUAUUGGUUUAAUACAUAACAAUAUUGAUUUUGCUUAACCAGGGAAUUUUAAUUUCUCUAACAUUUUGAUUUUAAAUUUAAAUGGUGAUGCUGUUUCCUCUUUAUUUUGCAGUGUAUGGUGGAAUGAUGUAUACUGCUUGGUAUUGUGAUAAUUAUCUAUUUAUGCAUUUACUGAUUACUAUUUUUAUAGUCUCAAUCAGAAUUAUUCUGGACCAAAAUCACUUUCUUUUCUUAAAUCAGGGCAGUCAAGCUUACAUUUUCUCUGUAAGCUAUAUGAUUUUAUGAUCCAACAAUGAAAUUUUUGAUGCAGCAUUUUUUCAUGCAAUCUUCUUGGAAGCAACCAAUGCUCAUUCUUCAGGUUUGAAGCCAGUGUCUUAUUGAUCUUAUACAAUAGCAUCAAAGUCUAAUUUUUACUUGUUUAAUGAUCACAUUAAGGCAGUACACAGGUUUGCAUUCCAGCCACUUUCUCAAUUAACAACCAAUUACUACUGCCAAUGGAGUCAGCAGAUGACCAGGGAACUCACUCUCAUUUGCAACUGUGUGUCACACCAUACAAUAUCAGUUUUAAUAAUAUUUCAAAAGAAAAAAGUAUGACAAACGACUUUUCUGGUCCAGAAAACAUCAGGAUUGUGUUCUCAGUAAAGUGAAAAACAACAGUUUUGGAAAUGUCUGGUGUGGCAGAAUAAGAUUUCUAUCAAGGUAUAAUAUCAAAUAAUAUAUUUCAUUGAAAAAAAACAAUUAAGAAAGUGCUUGGAGUUUAAGACCCCCUGAGUUAGCUGGUCACAUUUUGGCUGACUCAUUGGUAUUUGGCUGCAGAUUAAGAAAAAAGCAAAAUAAUCAUUCUGAAUCUUAAAGCAAGACGAUUAUAGUUAAGGAAGUUAACAGUAUUCUCCAUUGCCAGCAGUUUAAGGCUACUAAUUAAGAAAGUGCAACCACUGUGGCAUUCAAGGAUCUGAGUUUGACACCCCUCCCUUAAUGGUUUACUAAAUAAAACUCAAGUAAAUGAAGUUCAAUGUGGAAUGACUUGGGUAGGUGAUAUUAAGUGCUAUCUGUUGAUGUUUCAUAUUGUUACUCUUUCUGGGUGCCUUACAAAAGCAAAAGCACUGCAUGAUCACAGUCAUUGCACUUGCACCACUCAGUACAGAAUGGAAUAAAACCUCCAUCUUGCAUAGAAACAUUUUACAUUAUUUUUUAUUAAUUUGGAAAAAAGGCUCCCCCAUUAACACAUAGUGUUUUUCAGUAGUGUAGACCAGAGUUAGCACUUUGCAUUCAUUGACAGAAUUUGCAACAGACUUACAGUGUUGCAAAAGAUAUUAAGGAACUUGGCUUUAACCUUGAAAACAGAAUAGUUUAAAAGAAUGAGAGAACUGGACAUCCACAGAUUGCAGAAAACAUAAACAGCGUUUUAUUUGUGUGUAAUAGAUUUAGUCUUUCCUGUUGAAAACAUCAGUCCACAAUAGUUGAUAUUCUCCUUCAUUUUAUUCAGAGGUUG